AAAAAAUAUAAAAAACACAGAGCAACGAAAACGAUACGGGCGACUGGGUGAGUGUGGUCGUGGCGAGAGAUUCAAACUUAUAGCGUCGUGGCGAGAGAUUCAAACUUAAAUUUGGUGUUUGUGAAUAAAAAAAAAAUCAGCGAUAAAUAAAUAAUUGAAGCCCUGAUGGCCCUUAUUAUUAAUUUUCCAUCUCCUAAUUCUCAGCUCGAGUCUCCGAUUUCGAACUUGCUUAAUUCUUCUUCUUCCAGUCAAUCCUCCGUCACACUCAGAAAGCCAGCUUGCAUAUCUCUCCAUCAGCGGAGUCCUAAUCCUAGUUGUUCGUCGACGGCCUCUAGCUGCGUCCCCAACGGCGGCGCUGCUCGGAUACUUGGUAGCGUUAGUCGUUCUCCAUCGGUGAUGCCUAAUCAUCUGCGCCACGUUGACUCGAUGACCAUUCUUCCUUCGGGAGCCGGAAGGAUAUCGCACCUGAAUGCGGUCAUUCUGGGUGAAGCACUUGCUUCCGAAGAGAAUGAUCUCGUCGUUCCCAGCGACGAAUUCUCGAAUCAGGCGUGCAUUCCUUCCUUCCAUAAGUAUUUGGAGAUGUAUAGAGAGUCAGUUGAGGAUCCUGCCGGAUUUUGGUCCAGUAUUGCGUCGCAGUUCUACUGGAAAACGAAAUGGAGCCGACAAGUCUAUUCGGAAAAUCUGGAUAUCAGGAAAGGAAAUGUAAAGAUUGAGUGGUUCAAGGGUGGUGUCACCAAUAUCUGUUAUAAUUCCUUGGAUAGAAAUAUUGAUGCUGGAAAUGGUGGCAAAAUUGCUAUCUAUUGGGAAGGAAAUGAGCCUGGUUCUGACUGUAGUUUAACGUACAGUGGUCUGCUGGACAGAGUUUGCCAGGUUGCAAAUUACUUGAAAGAUAUUGGAGUUGCAAAGGGUGAUGCUGUUGUGAUUUAUUUACCCAUGCUAAUGGAGCUCCCAAUCACAAUGCUUGCAUGUGCUCGGAUUGGUGCUGUUCACUCGGUUGUAUUUGCUGGAUUUUCUGCAGAAGCUCUUGCCCAAAGAAUCAUGGAUUGUAAGCCUAAAGUUGUGAUAACUUGCAAUGCUGUUAAAAGAGGGUCUAAGGUUAUCCACCUCAAAGAGAUAGUUGAUGCUGCCCUCCUUGAAUCUGCCCAAAAAGGGAUUUCUGUAGGUAAAUGCCUGACCUAUGAAAAUCAAUCUGCCAUGAAGAGGGAAGCUACACAGUGGCAGGAGGGAAGGGAUAUUUGGUGGCAGGAUGUUGUUCCCAAAUAUCCAACCACUUGUGCAGUAGAGUGGGUCGAUGCAGAGGAUCCACUGUUUUUGCUAUAUACAAGUGGGAGCACAGGAAAGCCUAAGGGUGUUCUGCAUACUAGUGGUGGAUAUAUGAUUUACACUGCAACAACCUUCAAAUAUGCAUUUGACUACAAACCAUCUGACAUAUACUGGUGUACAGCUGACUGUGGUUGGAUUACUGGACACAGCUAUGUUACAUAUGGACCUAUGCUCAAUGGAGCAACUGUUGUCAUUUUUGAAGGGGCUCCAAGCUAUCCAGAUGCUGGACGUUGUUGGGACAUUGUUGACAAAUACAAGGUGACAAUAUUCUAUACUGCCCCAACAUUGGUGCGAUCUCUAAUGCGUGAUGGUGAUGAGUAUGUCACCCGCUACUCACGCAAGUCCUUGCGAGUUCUUGGAAGUGUGGGAGAGCCUAUUAAUCCAAGUGCAUGGAGGUGGUUUUUUAAUGUAGUCGGAGAUUCAAGAUGUCCUAUAUCUGAUACUUGGUGGCAAACAGAGACUGGUGGCUUCAUGAUUACUCCUCUACCUGGUGCGUGGCCACAGAAACCUGGUUCUGCUACUUUUCCUUUCUUUGGGGUUCAGCCUGUCAUAUUAGAUGAGAAGGGUAUUGAGAUUGAAGGUGAGUGUAGUGGAUAUUUGUGCAUGAAAAGCUCAUGGCCGGGUGCAUUUCGAACUCUUUAUGGUGAUCAUGAAAGAUAUGAAACCACAUAUUUCACGGCAUUCCCUGGCUACUAUUUCAGUGGUGAUGGCUGCAGCAGGGAUAAAGAUGGAUAUUAUUGGCUUACUGGAAGGGUGGACGACGUUAUCAAUGUCAGCGGACACCGUAUCGGCACAGCAGAAGUGGAGUCAGCUCUAGUUUCACAUCCCCAAUGUGCUGAAGCUGCUGUAGUUGGUUUUGAGCAUGAGGUUAAAGGACAAGGUAUAUACGCAUUUGUUACCUUGGUGGAUGGUGUUAAGUGCAGCGAAGAACUCCGGAAAAGCCUUAUAGUUACAGUGCGAAACCAGAUAGGAGCAUUUGCAGCACCUGACAAAAUCCAUUGGGCUCCUGGCCUUCCAAAAACUAGGAGCGGAAAAAUAAUGAGGAGGAUCCUAAGAAAAAUUGCAUCCAAGCAGUUAGAUGAGCUCGGGGACACAAGCACACUCGCAGAUCCAAAUGUUGUUGAUCAACUCAUUGCACUAGCUGACAGCUAGGAGUGCCAAAAUUGGAGUCCAAACUUUAACAUGGAGUCAUCCAGAGGACCAUAUUUAGCUGAGUGCUAGGUUUCCUCCUUUCAGCAUGGUACUAGGUUGCGUAGUGAAAGCAAGAUCGUUGCUUUGGCAUUUCUUUUGAUUCUUGCAUAUUUGCUUGUGUUGGCAGAAAAUAUGAACACAUGAUACAACAACAUUAUUUACCAUGUCCAGGGCACUGUUAUAGUCAAAAAGUAGCCCUUUCACAUUGUAAGAGCCAUAAUAAAUGUUAUUGAAAAGGAAAGAGGGACCCUCGGUGUGGGGUUUGAAUU